GAAGUAAAAGGAAGCUCUCACGUGAUUACCAUUGAUGAGCUAUUGACUUUGAUCGUUUUUUAUACGCCGAGUCCAAGUGAAGAGCUGGUUCUUGCACGAUCUUGAUACAAUAAGCUUUAGCCAGUUUGCCUGCACGAUCAAAUCGGCUAUGAUCGCAAGAACAUUAUAAAGAGGAGCUCCAUACCUGAGUGAAGAGCAGUCAAUGGAUCGCCUACACUUCGCUUGGUGCUUGGUAUUUUUCUUUCUCGCACAAGUUAGCAGUGCUUCAUCUGAUGUCUUCGAUCCGAUAGCAGUUCCUGAUAUGUGCAAAAAUGCCAAAUAUGAAAAGCUGUGCCUAGAGUUAGUAGCGCAGAACCAUACCAAGGAUGCUCUAGUAAGGCAAGCAAUGCUCCAUGCCAAGGACGGGCUCCAAGAGCUGAGGCAUUCCUGCAAGAACAUGAGCAGCAGUUCAGAUCACGGCGAGGGGAAAAUGCAUGCGGCUCUAAACGACUGCUCUGGGCUGCUCGAAGAUGCGUCGGAGCUUGUACAUGACUGUCUCUCUGAAGGCUACUAUUUCUCUACGACGGCCAAGCUGGAGGACAUCCAGACAUGGAUGAGUGCAGCACUUACAGAUUGGGAUACAUGCAUAGACGGCUUGAAAGACGCUGGAAGUAGCGGAAAAUCUGCAGCACGCAGACUGGAAAAACAAGGAGCCGAAGUGAACACCAUGAUCAGUACAGCUCUUUCUCUAGUUGCUUCAAUGUACCCACCUGGAACGCACCCAAGUCGGUCUUGGCUGAGAGGAAGAAUUCUAGCAACAGCAUCCACACCAGUUCCAAACGUCACCGUUGCAAAAGAUGGAAGCGGCCAGUUUUCCAGCAUCUCGGCCGCCAUCGCAGCAGCACCUACACAAUCAAGAACGAGGUACGUCAUAUACGUGAAACAGGGAACAUACGUUGAGAGCUUCGAGGUUCCAAAGUCAAAGCCCAAUCUAAUGCUCCUCGGAGAUGGAAUCCGCAAGACAAUCAUCACAGGCAGCAAGAGCGUCCAGGAUCCGGGAGUGACAACUUUCACCUCGGCAACAGUGAUCGUGUCGGGAAACAAUUUCCUGGGACAAGGGAUCACAAUCCAAAACACAGCAGGAGCAGUCAAUCACCAAGCAGUAGCACUGCGAGUCACCGCAGACAAAGUAGCCUUCUACAAAUGCUCCUUCGAGGGAUUCCAGGACACACUCUACGCUCACUCUCUCAGGCAGUUCUACAGCCAAUGCCGGAUCUAUGGCACGGUCGACUUCAUCUUUGGAAACGCGGCAGCCGUGUUCCUCAACUCGGAGCUCGUCGCUCGAGUUCCAAUGACCAACCAAAAAAACACUUUCACAGCACAGGGAAGAACUGACCCAAGCCAAAACACGGGGUUUUCGUUCCAGGGAUGCACCGUGGAUGGCAACGCGGACCUCAAGAGCGCGAUCCAGAGCUUCCCAACGUACCUGGGCAGGCCGUGGAAGGAGUACUCGCUCACCGUCUUCCUCAAGUGCUACCAGGGGAACGUGAUCAAUCCCGCGGGAUGGCUGGAGUGGGACGGAGAUUUCGCCCUCAAGACGCUCUUCUACGGGGAGUACCAGAAUCAGGGCCCCGGAUCUGGAACAUCGCGGCGCGUGUCGUGGUCGACGCAGAUCACUAGCCAGGACCAAGCGAAUCGAUUCAGCGCUCGGAAUUUUGUGGCCGGGCAGGAAUGGCUGCCCCAGACGAGCUUCCCAUUCCAGCUCGACGUGUAAGCCCUGGGUUCCUACUGUUUGAAAGUUUUUUUUUGGGCGGGAAAAGUUUAGGGUUCUUCAAUUUCAUUUUCUAAUUGCCUUCCCACA